GGGAGUUUGAGGUAGUCAAGGUCAUUUUUUGAUUUUGUUAAUACUCGUUUUGCUUCACUCUCGGUGAAAUACGUAUACUGAUCAAAGCUAUUUGUGACUGAAUCCUUAUCGAACAUCUUACUAGCUCAAUUGUUCCAAAAUACUAAUGGUAGUAAGCCUUAAUAAACCGAAUAAUAGCAUCUCUAAGCUACUUGGUGUGCAAAUUAGUUGUGAACUUACGAAUGUCACUAAUCUAAGUCCUUCAUGUGAUGAUUUUCGUUGGUAUUUAAAGGUAAAGUGCGGGAACUGCGGCGAAAAUACUCAUGAUUACGUAUACAUUAACAGUGUAGAAAAGACACCAAUUCAAGACAGUCGCGGGGAUGCGAAUUUAGUAAUCCGGUGUAAAUUUUGUAAACGAGUUUCAAAUGCUGAUAUUAUUCCUGGUAGCAUACUUCCAUACUCACUUGACGAUUCUGGUCAUUUCAAAACCAUUGCAAAAUUUGACUGUCGUGGUUUAGAAUUUACUGAGUUUUCUCCUCGUUGUGGUUGGUCUGCUUCAAGUGUCAACUCCGAUGCGGUUUUUGAUGACAUCUCAUUAACAGAUGAGAUUUGGUGUGAUUAUGAUGAGAAAGGUAAAUGUGAAGUCAGUAUACAAAAUUUUCAAAGUCAAAUAAUUAAAUUGAAAUGUUAAUAACUGAAUAUUUAUGGUCUGUUCACCUUCCUGUUUGUAUUAUGUAUAUUAUUAUUGAAAAAUAAAAUACUCGUUUUGUUUUUGCCUAA